AAAAAUACAAUAGUGAUGACGCCAUGGAAUCUGAUCACAACAAAGAGGAGAAUAACAGAAGUACAAGGCUUUUUAAAUACCAGAAUGUCUCAAGAAAAUACCCAGAUGUCAGUUGAAAAUAAAUACAACAGGGACAGCGGCGUGUACUUCACAGCUGGGGUCGUUGUGAAGCUUAUGAUCUUAGGAGUUAUCUUCUUUGCCGUUGCAAUUGCCGGCUUUAUCGCCUCGACUGCCAACUGCACUGUGAGACACGAAGGAACUUGGGUUAAUACUUGUCAGUUCGAGAGCAGGGCGUCGUGGGCUGUUGGCACGGGGGCUACUGUGGCUGGAGUUGUUUUCACCAUUGCCGGCUGUUAUGGAUUUUGGAAAAGGGAUGCAGCUGAUAAAAAAAAACCCGUUAUACAUUUGUUCAAGGAACUGUGGAUGAUACUGUUGUAUGUUACAAUUAUUUUUAUUAUUAUUAUUAUUUUGUCAUGA